CUGAUAUUCCCGCUCCAAAGACACACCCCAUCGUGUCUGCGAGCGGCCAUCCCUGGCCAUCCCACACCCUCGGCAAAGCUUCUCGCUGGGCUGGGUGUCUGUCUCAGCAAAUCCCGCUUUAAGCUGUCGACCCGCCGGUCAGGCAGAAGGGGGAAAAAACAGCUGAUCUCAUCGUACUAUCGCUGGUGAGAGCGUCCACUGCCUCUGCACCACUCAGUCCACUUUGCGUCGCCGACCGCACGAUCCUCUGCCAACAAUCGAGUCACCCUCUCACCCCCCCUUGGCCAGACCCUGCCGCAUUCUCGCCUGGUCUCAGUCUCGAGCCCGUCGUCGCCUCGACUCGUCUCGUCGAGCCCGGCUGUCGCUGCAUGAGCUGAUCCGCGAGCGUUCCCCCGGUCUCUGCAGCCGCCAGUUUCACCCCUCCCCCCCCCUCCCUCAAAGAACGCCGUCCCCAUGGCCGAUGAGGAUGGCUCCAACGGGCUUGGGUUUGACGACCCGAGCUUCGGCUUCAUAGGCGGUGGCCCCGGGUCUCUGGAUGGCAUCUCAGAUGCGCCCAUAUUCGGCGGCGAUCCCUCAGCCGGAUACGUCGAUUCUGGAGUCUGGCAGCUGGAUGCCUCGCCUCAGUCCAACUCGUACGAUCUCGGCAGCAACACCACCCUCUCCUCCGCCCAGCCAGGAUACUUGUCCCCGUCCUGGCCGACCCCGACCUUUGACCCCCGACAGCACCAGCCUCAGCAGCCUCAGCAACAACCGCAACCACCACAGCAGCAGCAGCAGCAGCAACAACAGCAACAACAACAGCAGCAGCAGCCCGACCCUACCGCCUUUGGCCUGACCAACUUCGACCCUGCGUCAGUCUACUUCCCCGGU